AUGGAAAGAGCGUUGGGAAGAAAUUCAUCUUGCUCCAUCAUCAUAAUUUUUCCCGUCUCUUCUCUCCAGGAUCUGCUGAUGUACCUUCUCCAGCUGGUGCAGGCGCUCAAGUACGAGAACUUCGAUGAUAUUCAGGGAGGCUUGGAGCCAGGCAGCAAGAGAGACAGCCAAGGACUUUCAGAUGACUCUUCGCUGGACAGUUCCCAGAUUCUUUCUGGCUCAUCGGGAUCGUCCACUGCGCCACAGAAAGGCAAGGAAGGAGCUGACAGCGAGAAUCUAGAACAAGACCUGUGUACGUUCCUCAUCUCCCGCGCUUGCAAGAACUCAACGCUUGCCAACUACUUGUACUGGUAUGUGAUCGUGGAAUGUGAGGAUCAGGACACCCAGCAGAGAGAUCCCAAGACCCAUGAGAUGUACCUGAACGUCAUGAGGAGGUUCAGCCAGGCUUUGCUCAAGGGUGAUAAGAGCGUGAGGGUGAUGCGGUCGCUCCUGGCUGCCCAACAAACAUUCGUAGACAGACUGGUGCAGCUGAUGAAAGCCGUCCAAAGGGAGAGUGGAAAUCGCAAGAAGAAGACGGAGCGUUUGCAGGCUCUGCUGGCUGACAACGAGAAAGUGAAUCUGUCAGAGAUUGAGCCAAUUCCUCUUCCUCUGGAGCCUCAGAUCAGGAUCAGAGGCAUCGUCCCAGAAACAGCAACACUCUUCAAGAGUGCUCUGAUGCCUGCCAAGCUGAUCUUCAAGGCCGAGGAUGGAGCCAUGUAUCCAGUCAUCUUCAAACAUGGAGACGACCUGAGACAAGACCAGCUCAUCCUGCAGAUCAUCUCGCUCAUGGACAAACUGUUAAGGAAAGAGAAUUUGGACUUGAAGUUGACACCCUACAAAGUUCUGGCCACCAGCACCAAGCACGGUUUUAUGCAGUUUGUUCAGUCUGUUCCUGUGGCUGAAGUCCUGGCUACUGAAGGCAACAUCCAGAGCUUCUUCAGGAAGCACGCACCGAGUGAAAAAGGUCCCUAUGGCAUCAGCUCAGAGGUGAUGGACACCUACGUCAAGAGCUGUGCCGGUUACUGUGUCAUCACGUACAUCCUGGGAGUAGGAGACAGACACCUGGACAACCUGCUACUGACAAAAACUGGGAAGCUCUUCCACAUCGACUUUGGCUACAUCCUCGGUCGAGACCCCAAACCGCUGCCUCCGCCCAUGAAGCUGAGUAAAGAGAUGGUGGAAGGGAUGGGAGGCAUGCAGAGCGAGCAAUACCAGGAGUUCAGGAAGCAGUGCUACACCGCCUUCCUUCACCUGAGGAGAUACUCCAACCUGAUCCUGAAUCUGUUCUCUCUCAUGGUGGAUGCCAAUAUUCCUGACAUUGCUCUUGAGCCUGACAAGACUGUAAAAAAGGUGCAGGACAAGUUCAGAUUGGACCUGUCGGACGAGGAGGCGGUCCACUACAUGCAGAGUCUCAUCGAUGAGAGUGUGGGAGCUUUGUUUGCUGCUGUGGUUGAGCAGAUACACAAAUUUGCACAGUACUGGCGCAGAUGAGCAGAACAGACAGACGGCUUAGAUGAUGCUGAAGUUCUGCGGCAGAAACGCGUGAUGGUACGGCUCUGACCCGACCGAUGCUGUCUAUGUGUGAGUGUGUGAGAAGAUGAAAGAAAGAAACCCAGUGACACUGUUAAAAAGGCCAAGAAUGCACUGCCAACCUUUACUGCAAGACAGUUCAACAAGGACAUGCACAUCUUUGUUUGCUUAUGUAUAUAACAUGUAUAUUAAUUAUUGAAUGAAUGAAUGAAAUGUAAGGCCAAAUAAAAGACUGUUGUUACAACUAAA